AUGGACAACGAAACGGGCCGUAAGAUCGCGUUGGCGGGCGCUCUGAUGGCCGGAUUCGCGUACUUCGGUCUCUCUAUUCUUCGGGAUAUCUUUGCCUCAAACGAUGACCACAACAGCGGCAAGAAGUGCCACAAACGGCGCAAAUCGGACUCAACGGACUGCCGGCCGUCGCUGACGGUCACCAACGGAUGCGGUGCCGACGGCGGCGACACAUUUGGCGGACCAUUGAGUCACGCGUCGAGUCAAACGGAUCUCACACUACCCGUCGGUGUGCGCCAACGGACGGCCGCCUUUCGGGACAUUCCUCCGGAGCUGUGGAGCCCGUGGGCUAAGAGUAUUGAGGAUCGAAUCCGCGAUCUCAACAUACGGCUCGUCAACACAACUAACUUCCAGUUCCGCCACUCAUUCGGCGGACAAAACUAUUUGACGCCAAAGAGCAGCAAAAGCUGCGGCAAUACUCCGCGGAGACACCUGUCCGGCGGUCAGAGCCCAGAGCCGCCGCUGGGACUACCGAUGUUGGCAGUGAACGGAUCGCGCGAUCGUCUCAGUCGGUCGGCCGAGAAGCUGAACGCCUCGAGCCCUGUGGCCAACGGCGUGCUGUCGACCCACAGUUACGUCGGCGUCAAGCGGGCCAUCGAUCUGACGCUGCCGUCGGAGACCGAGAUCUUAAUGCAUAAGCGAAUACUCGACAAACUCUUCGGCAAACCGACGCCAAACCUCUCCCAACAGGACUCCAAGAGUUUGACAAUUUUACUCAUGAGUCGCGACGAGGAUCUGAUCAUCAAAACGCUGUCAGUUGUGGCCAAUUGCUGCGCGUUUACCGUUAAUAUCGACACGAUAUGCGAUUCCGGAUGUAUUUUAAUGCUAUACGAACUGCUCUUUCAUAAGAGUGAGGCCGUGAGGACGGCCACAACCAAUGCCAUCGCAAAUAUAGCCAAUGGUCAGAGGGCUCAGGAGUUGCUUCAAGAAUGCAUUCCCGCGUUAGUGAAUCGGGUGAAGAGCUCAGACAAUGAUUUGUUAACCAAUUGGACGCUCAGAGCGUUGGCCAAUCUGGCCCUUCGCGACGUCAACCAGAAUCUGAUGAAAUUAGCGUUGGCCAAUCUGGCCCUUCGCGACGUCAACCAGAAUCUGAUGGUCGAAGCGAUCGACAAACUCAUGUGUCUUCUCUCGCACCCGAACCCCACCCUUAGGCUACAGGCCAUCAAACUGUUGGUCAAUCUCUCCACUAAUGCAGAACUUGUGCCAUAUUUGUUGGCCGCGAAGGCGCCAAUCAAUUUGUAUUCACUGCUGGACUCGAGUCACGACACGGAACUAGUCUUGCGUUUAACCAAUUUCUUGGCCAACGUUAUCGACACGACAUGUCUGCGUGAGAUCACAGCCAAAGACCUGCCCGUGGAGUACAAGGCCUCGUCGCCGGAGACCCUCUACUCAGCCAUCUAUGGCUUCGAGUCGACAGAAAUACUGUUGAAACGAUUGCAACACUUGCUGUCCGUUCCUCACGAAGACGUUGUCUUUCAAGUGAACAGAAUU